CAAUGCCUAAGCCGAUUGGAGUAAAAUCUCAUAACAUGUUUCUAGGACAUUCCAAUGAGUGUAGAAUAGCAAAUACAUAUCAUCAAUGGUGGGUUACUAAAGUGUGAAGACAUGCAUGAUGGAUCAUGCUUGGUUGAUGCUGUACUAAGGUUUGUAAAAAUUUGGAAUAAUUCAUACAAAUAUUAUAUUCCAAUUCAUUUAAUCCCCCUCCUAUUAUUUUAACGAAAGAAAUUAAAAUAGAAGUAAUAUUUUAUAGCAUAAUAUUAAUAGUCCAGGCAAGACAUUAAAGCAAUUUUUAUUGGAAUUUUGUGGUUCUUUAUUUUUUGUUGCAGGCUACAUAUCUGCUUGUAAAUACGUUUUUUGUGUGCUGAGAACAUUGGAAUUCAACAAUAGUAAUCAUUAAAUUAAAUUAACCAAGGAAUAUCCUUAAGUUUUUCUGGAUUGUUUUCAGGGGUUUUUCUUUUUGGAGAAAAAUUAAAUAGAAGAGCUGAAAUAACUAUCUUUUUAGCCCCAAAAUUCUUAGAAACAGUUUGGCAUAUGUUACAGAAAAGAAAUUUGGUGAUGAAAAUUGAUUACUGGGAAUAUUUUGUUUUUGGAAUUGCUAUGGGAAUAAUAAACUAUUAUUAUAUCAAUAAUGUAAAAUAUAAUUUUUAAUCUUAAUUUAGCCUAACCAAAUUAAAUACUCUUAUUUGUAAGUAUUCAAAAAAAUAUGGAAUUGA